UGACUAAAGUGCCCGCUGGAAAUCAGGAAGCCGAAUCGGUGUUUGAUAAUCAUACUGGAAUUUAUCCAAUUGGUGCUGAACUUCAAGCUAGCGCUGACGGCAACUACACAUUCGACUGGAAGGUUGAUGGCGACAAAUCACAAUCCCUCUUAAUAUACUCACUCCCUCAUCACCGUGAAUCUUUCGCAGGCGCGCUAUCUCAAACCUCAAUCGAACUUGCCACUCCCACAAAAGGCAAAGCUAUAGCAUACAUUGGCAAUAAAUGGUCAUUUAUUGAACCAAAUUUACCUAUCAAUAUUGAAUUCUUACCAAAAAAUUUCCAAUCAAGGUUAUCCACCGAUAAAAAAACCCAGAUUUUGGAACAAGCGAAAAAAGAUUUGGAGUUGGAUUUUAGUAAUGAAACCUCAACGGAUUCAACAUAUUUUUCGGGAAAGAGGCUAUCGAAAUUUGCCCUUUUGUGUUUGGUUUUGAGCGAAGGACUGGAUGAACCAAACCUUGGUGCUACUUGCGUUGAUAAGCUUAAG